AUGGACGCCACGCAAACGGCGCUCAAGAUCAAGAACAAGGGCGACCUGUACUGUCGGUGCGCGGCCCUCACGUCCUCCUCACUCGUGGACCUGACGGUGGUGUACUAUGGUGCAGUACACAGACGUGGAAGGCGACCGCUUGAAAGUUACGUUGCAGGCCGAUCCGUCAAUUUCCAAGAGAAUGUGGCGGCGCUGGUCCUCAAGGCCAUAAAGAAGCUUGUGGAGAUGCUGAAUGUACCGAUGAGCAAGGUUAAGCACGAGGGGUGGGCAGACAAGAAGCAGCAGACGGCGCAGACGGGGCUGGACCCGACAAACGAGGCGCUAAAGACGGUGUUCCAGGACGGCCGAAAAGCGGUGCAGGCAGAGCGUAUCAGUAUUCUGGAGCUGCCGGUUGACAAGCUCAUGAAGGAGACGACGGAAGGUCUGAAGUGUACGGCCGAGGGCAUUAGCGAGUUUGCCAAGGAGAUGAUGAUCGAGACUAAGAAUAUGGAGGCAAAUGAGGCGCCGCUGGCGGCUACAAGCGACAGCGACAGCGAGUGGGGGCAGGUAAUGGAACUGAAGUCGGCGUCUGUGGAGGAGACGACUGUAGUUGUCGAUCCUGUGGUGGCCAGACCGGUUGUCGUCUGCUCCGAUGCAGAAACGAGCGAGGUUGUGGACCGUCUGGAGCAGUGCGACUGUAAGGUGCUGGUGAUGGUGAAUGCUUUGAUGGAGAAGAUGCAGGCGUUGGAGGCGCUAUUUGCAGCCAAGCGUCGAGGCAGCCCAGCAGACUUGGCAAUCUCAAUCGGAGCUUUUCAAUUGUACCAGUAG